CCGUCCCGCCCUGCCCUUGGGGAACGGGAGAGGGGGCGGGAGAGGCGUUUCUGGGGCUCCAUCAAAGAACGUGUAUUUUUCUGAGAACGAUGCUCCCAGCCCCUGGGGCGUGCCCCUCUCUGGCAAGAGUCGGAGCCCCUGGAAGGGCCCGGGCGUCGCGGUGCAGGCCUGCGGCGUCCGCCCGCCCCGCGGCAGUGGGCCUGCUGGUCGCCUUGCUUAGCGCGCUCGGCUGCCGCGUGCGGGCCCCGGGUGUGCGGCCCCUCCGCGCCGGUCCCAGCCCGCAGUUGGGAGCUUGCGGGCAGACGUCAGCUGCUCGGCGAAGUUGUGCUGCCCAGGGCCUCUUCCGAGGUGUGGGCAUGAACAUGGCAGAAGGGGACACCCUGAUAUCAGUGGAUUAUGAAAUUUUUGGGAAGGUCCAAGGGGUGUUUUUCCGCAAGUACACUCAGGCUGAGGGUAAAAAGCUGGGAUUGUUUGGCUGGGUCCAGAACACUGACCAGGGCACAGUGCAAGGACAAUUGCAAGGUCCUGUCUCCAAAGUACGUCUUAUGCAGGAAUGGCUUGAGACAAAAGGAAGUCCCAAAUCACACAUCGACAGAGCAAACUUCAGGAAUGAGAAAGUCAUCUUAAAGUUGGAUUACUCAGAUUUCCAAAUUGUGAAAUAAUGGCCUGAAUUUAAAUUUUCUAAAAUAAACUCGCUGGCUUUGUUUUUAUUGUUAUUAUAGAAUUAGUCUGUGUUCAGUAUUAGAAUGGAUCAGUAAAUUAAGUUAUGUUAGUAUAGGUAUUUGAAUAUUACUGUAUAAUAUAUGUAUGAUAUAGAAAGAUGACAACUCUACACAGUUCUAAAUAAAUAAAGCUACGCUAGAACCUUC